AUGAAGAGGACGGAGCAACAUGGAAACCAUAGUUGGAUAGUCACCAAUUUUGUCUCGUCUCGUCCUUGGCAACCACGGCUCUAUCAAGUGGUUCUCCUCAUUUUUGGUGCUCUUUUUGCAGCUGCAAAUGUACUGUUUCUCCUCAACAACAAGAAAGAUCCAUCCGCAAAAACAUUCAUUGCUUCAAACCAAGCACACACUUCACAGAGAUAUCCCUUUGUUCCGUCCGAUCUCAGUAUUCAAUGUGGCCUAGCAGAGCAUGUCAAUUUGGAAACCUUGCCAGAACAGCCACUUACUAAAUCACUUGGAUUUGUCAAACCUCACAAGGUUGGAGGCUCUACUGUUGCAAACAUUGUCAAUCAGAUCGUUUGGGGACGCAACAUGACCAAAAUGAUUCCUUCCGGAUACAUCAAUUUGGGAUUUCCGGCUCCUUUUCCGGGAGAUUACAAACGGAUGAAGCAAGUCAAUAAUAAUAAUAAUGAGACAACGGGAACCUACAGAUUUGAUGCCAUGUCCAAUCAUGCUGUUUUCAAUGCAGAUGCAUUUCGGACGUACCUCAAAGAGCCAAUGCUGAGCUUUACAAUCGUGAGGGACCCCUUGGAGCGAGCCAUCAGUGCCUUUAAUUACAUUCCUCCCUAUAGCUAUGGAAACUAUUCAUGGCAGCAUUUCAUCAGAACGUACAAGAACAUCACACACAUCAAAACACGCGAUGACGCAAAGCAUGUGAACCCAAUGGCCCAUGCCUUGGGAUGA